AUCUCACGACCAGAUUAUCUCAUUAUAAUGGAAACACCUUUGGCUUUGUGGAAAUGUUUGCAAAAAAAUAAUCAGCUGAAAGUAUUUUUUGCUGAACAUUGUCAUUGUCGAUUACUCAUCAUCGAUCAUGGCCGAGAUGGGGGUGCCUGGCCGUCUUGCUUUUUCGCCAACUAGAAAAAAAACUUCAGCCAGAAUGGAGUAUCAAGAUGAACAACAAAAUUCUUUCGUUAGACGGGACUCGAUCGUCACGGCAGCCAGCAUCACCGGGGACGACUCCGGCCAACAAGGCACCUAUUGCGAAUGGAUUAAUGUUCAAUUUAGAAUAAGAAUUGUUACUCUCUUGCGAUGGCGAUCACUCGCACAAAACCUUGGUUUUAAGGGAGAUGAUCAAAUGGCUUCAUAUCUGUUAAAUAUGUACUAUGAGCAAAAUGUAGGAUCAACGUCUCGACAACGAAAGAGAGAAACACCUCAGAGGUCUGGAAAAGUGAAAGAAACAGUAGCUACUUCAUUACACCAAGCUAACGUGGACAGGAGGGAUGUCAUAGAGUCGGAAGCAUUGUCAAUACAGAGUCAGAAAGGAGAAAGAAUGCACGUAGAAUACCUUGAUUCCAUGCAGGAAGGAGAAGGUCCAGCUCCAAGGGAUGGAUGGACUGAUGAUGGUGGUGAUAGUCACGGUGAUGCGGUCAGUAGCAAGGAGAUGGUGGCUCGAUGGACUGAUGAUGGUGGUACCCAUGGUGAUGCGGUCGGUAGCAAGGAGAUGGAGGCUCGAUGGGCUGGUGAUGGUGGUGAUACCCACGGUGAUGCGGUCAGUAGCAAGGAGAUGGAGGCUCGAUGCACUGAUGAUGGUGAUGAUACCCACGGUGAUGCGGUCAGUAGCAAGGAGAUGGAGGCUCGAUGGACUGAUGAUGGUGAUGAUACCCACGGUGAUGCGGUCAGUAGCAAGGAGAUGGAGGCUCGAUGGACUGAUGAUUGUGAUGAUUCCCACGGUGAUGCGGUCGGUAGCAAGGAGAUGGAGGCUCGAUGGACUGAUGAUUGUGAUGAUUCCCACGGUGAUGCGGUCGGUAGCAAGGAGAUGGAGGCUCGAUGGACUGAUGAUGGUGAUGAUACCCACGGUGAUGCGGUCGGUAGCAAGGAGAUGGAGGCUCGAUGGACUGAUGAUGGUGAUGAUACCCACGGUGAUGCGGUCAGUAGCAAGGAGAUGGAGGCUCGAUGGACUGAUGAUACCCACGGUGAUGCGGUCAGUAGCAAGGAGAUGGAGGCUCGAUGGACUGAUGAUGGUGAUGAUACCCACGGUGAUGCGGUCAGUAGCAAGGAGAUGGAGGCUCAAUGGACUGAUGAUGGUGAUGAUACCCACGGUGAUGCGGUCGGUAGUAAGGAGAUGGCAGCUUAUCCAUCAGAUGGAGGAGAACUCCAUUGCUUUAUAAAGCAAGAACCUGAAGAAACCAAUAGUGAUAAUGACAUCACAAAUAAAGAUGAUACUAAUGGUCUCCAUAGCAAUGAGAAGGAGGUUCGUUCGUCAGAGGACGGGGCACUUAAGUGUGUUAUUAAAGAAGAACCUGUUGAUAUUGGAGAAGAAGAACCUGUGGACUUUAUCAAGAAAGAACCUGUCGAUGAUGAUGAGGAAGGAUCCUAUCUGCAUGAAGUACCUUCCUGCAGCACACAAGGUGGGAACUCAAGUAUGCAGAGCACCUAUAUGAACUAUGGAGAUAUAGAAAACCGUAGGAGAUUGUCAGGUGAUGCAUCACAUGAUCAGUCACAUGGUAGACAUCUAUUAGAGGAAUUAGAAACUCUCCUUGAAAACCAUUCUAAGCCAUCUGCUAGGGCGAGUUGCUCAAGUGAGUAUGACUCAAAACUUUUACCAAGGCAAUCGGAUCAUCCACAAGGACAUAGUUCUGCUGACAAUGAUACCAUAUCAGAUCAUGAUGAUGGAAGAUUAGAUGGAGACCUUGCAGUGGGCUGUGGUGUGAAAUGUGAAAUAAUAUCAGGUGAUGCAUCAUGUGACCAAUCACAUGCUCAAGGACAGACUGCGACUGACAGUGCUGCUGUGUCAGAUCAUAAUGGUGAAAGAUUGGAUAAAGACAUUGCAAUGGGCUGUGGUGUGAAAUGUGAAAUAAUAUCAGGUGAUGUAUCAUGUGAUAGAUCACAUGGUCAAGGACAGAGUUCUGCUGACAGUGCUACUAUGAGGGAUAAAAGAUCAAGUGUGAAUUUUGACAGCACAACCAAACAUUCUUCCCAUGACUGUUCAACGAGAAACACCGAAGGCAAAGGUGAAGGAAGCACUUUCCUUUGCUCAAUUUGCCAGCAAGAAUUUACUAGCAGAGACAGUUGGUGGCGGCAUGUGAAAAUCCACUUGGACGAUAGGUCUCUGACCUGUUCCAUCUGCAAUGAAAGAUUCCUGCAAACGACCGACCUGAAGAAACACAUGGCAGUUCAUUCAGGAAAAAAGCAAGAUGAACGUUCAGUUGAAGAUGAUGCCGGUUGUAGAAGUAAAAAAUGUAUGGUAUUCUACAUACAGGGAAAGAAAGAUAUUGGUUCAUCAAUGAGCCAGGAGAGUUCAGGACAGAAAGCACGCAAAAGAAACCACAUCAUUGAAGAAUACUAUAAGUGUUAUUACUGCGAUAAGCUUUUUAGCUCUUCCCAUAGUCUGCAAAGACACACAAGGUCUCAUCUUGAAGAAAAGCCAUAUGAGUGCUCAGUUUGUAAGAAAACCUUUUCCGAAGAUCGUCGGCUGCAAACUCACAUGAAAAUCCACAAGAAUCGUUGGCCAAAGCUCAAAAUUCGCUAUUUCUCUGACCCAACUUAAGAUGAGAAUUCAAGCCAGCUGAGCUUCCUUCAAAGAUCAGGUGAUACAUCAUAUGACAGGUCACAUGACGAGGAGCAUCUGCUGGAAGAUUCAUCAGAUACUAUCAUUGGGAGCCAAUCAAGUUUAUCUGCCCAUGAUGGUCGCUCUCGUGGCUCUGGUUUCUUAUUAAACCAAGUGGAUUGCUAUCAAGGAUCAAGUUCUUCUGAAGUUGUUUCUGAAGCAAAUAGUUUUCUCUGUUCUGUCUGCAAAAUGGUGUUCGAAAACAGACAUGACUUGUGUAAGCAUCUGAAACUUAAACAUGGGGUAGAAAAGCCGUAUGACUGUACCCUUUGCAGAAGAAGUUACAAGUUUCGCUGUGAACUGAAGAGACACCUUAAAGGUCAUACUGGUGAGAAAGCCUGUUCUUCUGACGUUGUUCCAGAAGCAAAUUCCUUUCGUUGUAUUGUCUGCAAAAAGGUGUUCAAUGAAAAAGAUGGAUUGUGUAAGCAUCUCAAAUUUAUUCGUAGAGUAGAAAAGCCUCAUGAAUGUACUAUUUGUUCAAGAAAUUUUAAGUUUCGCUGCGAGCUGAAGAGACACCUAAGAGAUCAUAAAGGAGAGAUGCGGCAUGCAUUUUCCUCUGGGGAUAAACGCAUCUGGGAUAUGUACAAGCUAAAUGACCUUAUGGCAGUCCGCACAACAGGAAAGAAACAUUCUACAAGAGAGAAGCAGUUUCAGUGUUCAUUCUGCAGUAAGACGUUUACCGGAAACUCAUCCCUGAAUCGACACGUAAAAUCCCACAUGGAGGGAAAACCAUUUCAGUGCAUGGACUGCAGUAUGAGAUUUCCCGAUGCUAGCGCCCUCGCUAAGCAUGCAACAAUGCACUCUGGAGAGAAACCCUUUGAGUGUUCUAUAUGUAGUAAACGCUAUGCUAAUAAGUAUCACUUCGCUGACCAUGUGAAGCUCCACACUGGUGAGAGACCAUACGCUUGCCCGAUGUGUGAGAGAAGAUUUAUUAGAAAAGCAGAUAUGAAAAGACAUGUGACAAUACAUACUGGAGAAAGACCUUAUGCUUGUUCUAUGUGUCCAAAGAGGUUUAGGAAUAGGAAUACAUUUGUUCUGCAUUAUGAAAAGACACACAGAUACUAAAUUGAAGCUUGUCUAAAUCUUUGUUAAAGGCUCAGUAUCAUCAUACAGCAUCCCAAUAAUACAAAUUUGUAGUGGUCAAAGGAUGAAUUUUCAGCCAAUUUAAUUCCAAUUUGGAUUUUUUUUCACCUGUUAGAAUUUAAAUUUGGCAUUUAGCACCCUCUCUCAGUAAUGUUUUUAAUACAUGUUCUUUACACAAUUUUCAGUACCUAAUUAAAUAUUAGAAAGCUACAGACUAAGUUUUAAGUUAUGAAGUGCUUAGAAUCAUCAUUGCAUCAUUAAGUGCUAUAAAGAGCCCAUAUUGUUAUCAUUAAUAAUAUCAAUCUUAUGUUAUGGUGAAGCACUAUGAAGCUUUGUGUUAACAUUGGGCCUUUGUCUGAUAAAUUGCUACAUGUACAAGCAUUAGUUGACUUUUCAAGUUUUAGAAAGUAGAAUGCAGUCUUAAUACUGCUACAUGUAUUACUUACAGUAUUAUACAACUCAAGGGGAUAUCUAAGAAUGGAGGAGCCAUGGUGUAGUGGUUCUGACUCUUGUCUUGUAAACAGAGGGUCGUGUGUUCGAAUCCCACCGCGGUCUGGUGUCCUUUGGCAAGGCGUUAAUCCACACUUUGCCACUCUCUACCCAGGUGCUAAAUGGGUACCCGUUAGGAUGUGAAAGUCAUUGUAGAUUGUCCAGUACUGUGUGCGCCUCACUGGCGACUGACUGGAAUACUCCCCAUGGAGUGGAGGAUGUGCGCACAUUGUGUGCGGGAAUGACUGAUUGAAUCCGAUGACCGCGGUAAUGAUAUAUCUGUAAAGCGUUUAGACAUGUCGUUUCCGAUGUAUUAAGCGCUAUAUAAAAAUUGGAUUAUUAUUAUAAUGAAUAACCAACGGUAAAAGGUUGGAAGAUCUGAAAUGAGAGAACACUCUUUAUUUGUAAAAUAUGUUUGCGUAUUUAGAUUAGGCUUGUAUUGCUGCUCCCAAUUAGUUAUGGGAUUUACGCUUUACUAUGAAACUGUUGGAAAACUUGAAAAUAAUUUAGAUAUUUUAGUAUCUGAUUCAUCAGAAUUCAGGGACAUGUUUCACAAGUACACAAUAUCUAUAACAUAUUUAUUAUCAGCCAAUCAAAUUGAAUUAUUUCAGUAGCUUUGAACUGUUAUUGCAUAUUUGUUAUUUGAAACAGGACUCAGAUUCUAUAAUGAAACCUUCUUUCCUUACUUGAUCGAAGCAUCAAGUUAAUAGCAUCAAAUCCACAUGCUACAUUUAUUUAUAUGACAGAAAACAAUAAAAAGCCUGUAUUCUGAACUCCGGUUUAAUUUAGACUACAUAUGGUCUAUAAACCCAGUGCUAACAUUAUGGAAAGCAAAAUUUUGUUUACUGUUUCUUUAUAUGUUUACUGUGCUUUUUCCUAAAUUGUUAAUGGUGAAGAGUGAAGACAACUAUCUUUAUUUAUCUUUCCUAGACAGUUAAGAAUGCUUUGAGAGUCCAAUGAGCUGGUAAUUUGAACCACUACUGUUAGAGAUUUACAUGUACAACUGUAUGUCACCAUUGGCUAUGCAUAAUUAAACAACAAUUUAGACCAGAGUUUAAAUUAAACCAGACUUCAGAAUAUAGGUCGAUGUAUUUACAUGACUUUUUAAUAAAAUAGUGUGGAGAACUUGUCUCCAUUUUAACAAAAUUAAUUUCAUCAAAGAUUAUAUUACACCAAAAAUAGUAGUUUAAUCUUUUUUUUACAGGACAAAAUUCAAAUAAUUUAUGAUUGUAAAUAAUAACAGUGAAAAAAAUAAUAAGUGGAGAGACGAAAAGAUCAUCUUGCUCAAUGCAUAUUCAUGAAGAUAUGAAUGGAACUGUUAGUUAUUCCUUGCCCAGUGUUUACAUGUAUGAAAUUGCAAUACCGUAGUUGUUUUGUCUGUCUUAUUUAACCUAUCUGUUCAAAUCAUGAAUCUUACAUUAAAUCAUUAUGCCUCGUAUGUGAUUCUGUAUACUGUAUGUAAUCUGUAAACUGACCUGUUAAGUAUGUACUGCUGGUCAUUAUUUAUGUGUAUAUAGCAGUGAAUAAAUAUUGAUAUACAUAUGAAA